GCGCCUUCCUAUAUUGCGAAACGGCAUUGGUCGGCACUAUGGCAAAACACGUAAACACGUUCUUUGCAUAAUGACGAUCCUGUUGCUACUACGUAUGAGUUGAGGACAGCCGGUGUCGUUUGCUUAUAAAAGGGUGAAGCAGCGGAAAGACAGGUGUAUUCAGCGGACAGGGAACGUCACGCGAUGAAGGACGAGUUCAAGUAUUUGACCGGAUUCGGUAACGAAUUUUCCAGCGAGGAUGCACGUUGUCCCGGUGCAUUACCCAUCCAUCAGAACAACCCUCAAAAAUGCCCUUACGGUCUGUACGCGGAGCAACUGUCGGGUACGUCGUUCACUGCACCUCGCUCUCGGAACAGACGUUCGUGGCUAUAUCGAAUCAGACCGUCGGUCGUCCAUAAUCCUUUCGUACCGAUCAAGCGCGUUUCUCGUCUCGACUAUAAAUGGGAUGCCGUAGCUCCGACGCCGAAUCAGCUACGAUGGAAACCGUUUGACGUGCCGACCAGACAGGCCAUGGAGGUGGACUUUGUCGACGGUUUGCACACGAUAUGCGGCGCGGGUGAUUUUCGAGCACGUCAGGGUGUCGCGAUCCACGUGUACCUUUGUAAUGCCUCCAUGAAGAACAAGGCUUUUUACAAUGCCGAUGGAGAUUUCCUCAUUGUGCCUCAGCUUGGAGCGUUGGUGAUAACCACGGAGUUUGGUCAAAUUCGUUGCGAACCGAAUGAGAUAUGCGUAAUCCAGCAAGGCAUGCGAUUCAACGUUACGGUUUUUGGCCCGUCUCGGGGAUAUAUCCUAGAAGUGUACGACGACCAUUUUCAACUUCCCGAAUUGGGGCCAAUAGGAGCGAAUGGGCUAGCAAAUCCACGGGAUUUUCAAACACCGGUCGCGUGUUACGAGAAUCGUGAAAUCGAUUACGAGAUCGUGUGCAAGUACCACGGUAAGCUGUUCGUCGCCGAACAAGAACACAGUCCGUUCGACGUGGUUGCUUGGCAUGGAAAUUACGUUCCGUUUAAAUACGACCUCGACAAAUUUAUGGUCGUUAAUACGGUUUCCUUCGAUCACUGCGACCCCUCGAUCUUCACCGUUUUGACGUGUCCUUCGGGAAAGAUUGGCACAGCGGCGGCAGAUUUUGUAAUAUUUCCACCUCGUUGGUCUGUGCAGGAGCACACUUUUCGGCCUCCUUAUUAUCAUCGAAAUUGUAUGAGCGAAUUCAUGGGUUUGAUAAAGGGACAGUAUGAAGCUAAAGAGGAAAGCUUCCAACCAGGCGGAGCGUCGUUGCAUUCUGUUAUGACGCCACAUGGACCGGAUGCGCGUUGUUUCGAAACUGCUUCAAACAACGUGCUAAAACCUGAACGCACCGCCGAUGGAACUCAGGCUUUCAUGUUCGAGACGUCUUAUAAUUUGACGAUAACCGAAUGGGCUGCGAACCUUUCGAAUAAAUUGGACAGCGAUUAUUACAAAUGUUGGCAAUCCCUUAAGAAGCACUUUGUUAUAGAUGCAAACCUUUCGUAAAACAUUUAUUUUCCUAUUUUUCACAUUCUUCCCCCCACCCCUCCUGUUUCGCGUUUACACGCU